ACGCACCGACAGAGGGAGAGACAGACAGACAGACAGACAGAGACAGACAGAUAGACAGACAGACAGACAGGCGCGGUGAGCAUGGCGAUUCCCUGCGUGGAGCUGAGUAACAAGAUGAAGAUGCCCGCUCUGGGACUGGGCACUUGGCAGGCUCCUCCUGGAAAGGUGGAAGAGGUGGUGAAGUUUGCUAUCGAUUCUGGCUAUCGCCACUUUGACUGUGCCUAUUUCUAUCAGAAUGAAAAUGAAAUAGGGAAUGCAGUCAAGCAGAAGAUCAAGGAGGGGGUAGUGAAACGGGAAGACCUCUUCAUUGUCACUAAGUUGUGGAACACCUUUCAUGAGAAGUCCUUGGUUAAAGUGGCUUGCAAGAAGAGCCUUUCUGCACUGCAACUGGACUACCUUGACCUCUACCUGAUGCACUACCCUAUGGGAUUCAAGGCUGGUGAAGAGCUGCAUCCUCUGGAUGACAAUGGUAUGAGUAUCCCCAGUGAUACAGAUUUUCUUGACACAUGGGAGGCCAUGGAAGAACUGGUGGACUGUGGUCUGGUGAAAGCCAUUGGUGUCUCCAACUUUAACCAUGAGCAGAUUGAAAGACUUUUGAACAAGCCAGGACUGAAAUACAAGCCUGUAGUGGUGCAGAUCGAAUGCCAUCCAUACCUAACCCAGGAAAAGUUGAUCAAGUACUGUAAAUCCAAAGGGUUUGCUGUGACUGCCUACAGCCCCCUUGGUUCUCCCAACCGCCCAUGGGCUAAGCCAGGGGAGCCUACGCUGCUGGAGGACCCCAAGAUUAAAGAGAUUGCAGCUAGACAUCAUAAAAGCCCUGCCCAGGUUCUGAUCCGCUUUCUUAUCCAAAGAGACCUCAUUGUCAUUCCCAAGUCUGACAAACCACAGCGUGUUCAGGAAAACAUGAAGGUGUUUGACUUUGAACUGUCCAAAAAGGAGAUGGAUGUCUUGCUCAGCUAUAACAGGAACUGGAGGGCAGUUCCAGUGAUUCAGUAUGUUAUUAUUCUCAUGAUCUAUUGGGCCUAUUUCUGUCUAUAUUUUCAUCCUCCAUGUCUUGAAAACAUACAUGACCAAAAUCAUGGAGAGUUUGUACUUUAAACCCUGGAGCCCAGGUAAUGAGACAUGUCCUGGAACUGACACCAGGAGGGAGAUUCAUUUGGAGUGCUCCUUUCAGCAUAUUGUGCUUUCUCACAAACCUGUGUUCAGUUUAAUGACAUCUGCAAA